UUUACCGCAUCCCCCACUUCCAAGUUUUCAUGGUGCAUAGGGCUAUAACACUAGCACUGCUUAGCUGAAACCAUCUCUCUGUCUCUCCGUCGCUUUAAGUUGUUUAGGCAUAGAUAUCAUGGCUACAGGUCAAAACACAGAAGGGGAUGCCAAUCCCAGGCAACCCGCAUUAGAUAGAACACUUGCAGAUUUUGAUCCUGUGAAGAAACCAAAACGAAACAAAUUUGCUUUUGCUUGUGCAACCUUAGCUUCCAUGACUUCAGUCUUGCUUGGUUAUGAUAUCGGAGUAAUGAGUGGAGCCAACAUCUACAUCCAAGAUGACCUUAAAAUCAGUGACUUGCAAGUAGCAUUGCUUGUGGGAACUCUUAACUUGUACUCUCUUGUUGGCUCAGCCGCUGCUGGCCGGACCUCUGAUCGGAUUGGUCGUCGAUACACAAUUGUGAUGGCCGGAGCCAUUUUCUUUCUUGGAUCUAUACUCAUGGGAUUUGCCACAAAUUAUGCCUUUCUCAUGGUUGGUCGCUUUGUCGCUGGUGUCGGUGUCGGUUAUGCCCUCAUGAUUGCCCCUGUUUACACUGCUGAAGUCUCUCCAGCCUCUUCCCGUGGAUUUCUCACCUCAUUCCCAGAAGUAUUCAUAAAUGCUGGGAUCUUACUAGGAUAUGUAUCCAAUUAUGCCUUCUCUAAGCUCCCAACUAACUUAGGUUGGCGAUUCAUGCUUGGAAUUGGAGCAAUUCCUUCAGUUUUCUUAGCUUUGGUUGUUUUAGGCAUGCCCGAGUCUCCACGUUGGCUAGUCAUGCAAGGUCGCCUUGGUGAAGCUAGGAAAGUUCUUGACAAAACCUCUGAUUCUAAAGAAGAAUCCCAACAAAGAUUAUCAGAAAUAAAAGAAGCUGCCGGGAUCCCUCAAGAUUGCAACGAUGAUAUUGUCCAUGUGCAAAAACAGAGUCAUGGUGAAGGUGUUUGGAAAGAAUUACUCAUUUAUCCCACACCUUCUGUUCGUCACAUUUUGAUUUGUGGGAUCGGUAUUCAUUUCUUCCAACAAGCUUCAGGAAUAGACGCGGUCGUUUUGUACAGUCCGAGGAUCUUCGAAAAGGCUGGAAUCACGUCAUCCAAUGAUAAAUUACUAGCAACUGUAGCCGUUGGAUUCACCAAGACCGUUUUCAUCCUCGUGGCCACAUUCUUACUUGAUAGGAUCGGACGACGCCCAUUGCUUUUAAGUAGUGUUGGGGGUAUGGUAUUAUCCCUAGCAACCCUUGGAUUCGGGCUGACAAUGAUUGAUCAUUCAGAUGAGAAACUACCAUGGGCUGUUGCAUUAUCAAUUGCCAUGGUAUUAGCUUAUGUUUCAUUCUUCUCCAUAGGAAUGGGACCGAUAACUUGGGUAUAUAGCUCGGAGAUUUUCCCCUUAAAACUACGUGCUCAGGGUACAAGUAUGGGAGUGGCGGUUAACAGAGUGACAAGCGGGGUGAUAUCUACAACUUUUAUUUUGCUGUACAAGGCUAUAACUAUCGGUGGAUCCUUUUUCCUUUUCGCUGGAGUUGCAGCCGUGGCGUGGCUGUUCUUUUAUGCAUGUUUGCCUGAGACACGAGGUAGAACUUUAGAGGAUAUGGAAGUGCUCUUUGGUAGUUUUUUCAAGUGGAGGUCUGCUUUAAAGGAUGAGCAGAGGAAGGAAGUCAGUGGUGAAAAUGGCGGUCAGAUUCAGAUGGGAACUAAAGCUCAAGAAUAGUAUUAGUGUGAUAAUUGUAUCUUCUGCUGCUUCUUUUUUUCAUAAAUGCUUCAGAUGGUGUGCAAAUGAGAAGCUUGUUUACCAUCACGCAAAAGAAAAACAAAAAAAAAGCAGAUAUUUAAUGAAUCAAAAAGAUAAUAUUGUCCAUA